GUGAAUUGGUGUCGUCGACGUUGCUGUUGUUCCGGGUAGGCGUGCGCGAGUGUGGAACUUCCGGUAGGAAGAGAGACCGAUGUAAAACCCAAGCGUGACAUAUUUUGAGGUUUGCAGGUCCAGUGUGUUCACCUGAGUAGGCAUAUGGAGCGUGUUACCAGUGGGCUGGGGCCCUUGGUUCUGGGUAGUGUGGGGCUGAUGGUGAUGUACUAUGUGAUGCAGAGACUCCGUGUCAAAAACAGAGUUCAGGAUAGUGUGGUUGUCAUCACUGGAGCAAGUUCUGGACUAGGCAAAGAGUGUGCACGGAUCUUCCAUGCGGCUGGGGCACGUCUUAUUUUGUGUGGGAGGAACCCAGCGAGACUUCACGAGCUUGCUGAAGAACUUGGAGAGACAACAGAUGGCAAAAGACAGACAUAUGCUCCCCGCAUUGUCACCUUUGACCUCUCCAACAUGGAGAGAGUUGCUGUGGCAGGAGAGGAGAUUCUGAAGUGCUACGGUCACGUGGACGUCCUCAUCAACAAUGCUGGUAUCAGUUACCGUGGCAGCAUUGUAGACACCCAUGUCUCCGUUCAGCGGGAAGUCAUGGAGACCAAUUACUUUGGCCCAGUUGCUCUGACUCAGGCCAUUUUGCCCUCCAUGGUUCAGAGGUGCAGUGGACACAUUGUCACUAUCAGCAGCAUCCAGGGGAGGAUCGCCAUUCCUUACAGAUCUGCCUAUGCUGCGUCCAAACAUGCCACACAGGCAUACUUUGACUGCCUCAGAGCGGAGGUGGAGAGCUUCGGACUGCAGGUGACGGUGAUCAGCCCCGGAUACAUCAAAACAAACCUGUCAGUCAAUGCAGUGACUGGAGAUGGAUCGAAAUAUGGGGUAAUGGACAAAACAACUGCAACAGGACGUGAUCCAGUGGAUGUAGCCUAUAGUGUUCUGAUGGCUGUCAAUCAGAGACAGAAAGAUGUUCUGUUGGCUGGUCCACUGCCCUCUGUGGCUGUAUACAUCCGCACCCUCUGGCCCGCCCUCUUCUUCAAACUGAUGGCAUCCAGAGCUCGCAAAGAACAGAGGUUAAAAGAGGAGUGAAGGAGAAGACUAAAAUGAAAAGGAGACACAGGAACAGAUCCAGGUGACUAAGACUGGAGAUGGAAGAGAAGGGUUAGUAUUAAUGACGGAAGGAACUGGACAUCCUGUUUUGCUUUCCUGUGCUUUGUCUGAACAAACAAGUGUUUGGGUCUGUGAGUGUCAGUACAACUUGAAAACAUGAACCAAUGCAGCAAUAGCCCUCUGUGGGAGAACUUGAAGUCAAGUGCUUUUGCUUUUCUACUAUGAUUGGUAACUUAAUAAGAUGAAGUGCUGUUGAUUCCCUGUGAAAACAUUCAAGGUAGUGUAUGAACUUCAUAAGAAAGGUAUUGGAUGGAGUUCAGAAAAUGACGGAUUAGUGUACAAUUAUUCAUGUUAUCAAUGUUAGCAUGGGAAAAUACCCGCUGCUGUUUUGGUGUGUAAUUUUGGAAAAUGGCUUUGACUAACUAAUGUUUAUGUUGGAAACUCAAAACCUAACCCUUCUGUACAAAUAAACAGGGUUUUUGAAA